GACAUUUUGGUAGAAGCAUACUUUUCUUAUAUUUUUAUUCAUACACGAGAUCAUUUGUUCUGUGCAUGGGAAUAUUGAAGGAAGUUAUAGGAGAGAGAGAGAGAGAGAGAGGAUGGAAGAAGGAACAACAUCAAGGUCAUUACUUCAGAAACAGAAGCUGGAUGAUAAUGAGGAGUUGAUCUGGAUCAGCUGUGGUGAAGAAGAUGAAGGUUUGUUGUUGCAGAGUGAUCAAUCCUCAUCAACCAUCACAGUUGUUGUUGUCCUUAGCACCUUAGUCGCCGCAUGCGGAUCUUUUGCUUUUGGAAAUGCUGUAGGGUAUUCGUCCCCAGCUGAGUCAGGAAUUGAGUAUGAUCUUGGCCUUGGCUCGGCGGAGUAUGCGGUUUUUGGAUCAGUACUAACCAUUGGAGCAAUAUUGGGGGCAAUAUUUAGUGGGAAAUUUGCAGACCUCAUUGGUAGGAGAGGUGCAAUGGGAGCUUCAGAAAUGUUCUGCAUCCUGGGUUGGCUUGCAAUGGCAUUUUCAAAGGAUGCUUGGUUUCUUGAUCUUAGAAGAUUUUUGGUGGGAUGUGGAAUUGGAGUUCUUUCUUAUUUGGUUCCUGUUUAUAUUGCAGAAAUUACACCGAAGAAUGUCAGGGGAGGUUUUACAUCACUUUCUCAGUUCAUGAUCAGUAGCGGCCAAGGUCUUAUAUUUCUCAUUGGUUCUCUUGUCAGUUGGCGCACCUUGGCUCUAAUAGGAAUCAUUCCAUGUCUUGUACAUCUGUUUGGCCUAUUUUUCAUCCCCGAGUCUCCCAGAUGGCUGGCCAAAUGUGGUCGUGUAAAAGAGGUUGAAGACGUGCUGCAAUUCCUCAGGGGUAAAAAUGCUGAUAUCUCUCAAGAAGCAUCUGAUAUCAUAGAAUAUACAGAAAACCUUCAACUGAUUUCUGAAGAUGGAAUUCGACACCUAUUCCAGAAGAAAUAUGCUUAUUCAAUAAUGAUUGGAGUUGGGCUUAUGGUUUUUCAACAACUUGGUGGACUUAAUGGGUUUGGAUUUUAUGCAAGUACAAUUUUUGAAUCGGCAGGUUGUUCAAUUAAGCUUGGGACUAUAGCAGCGGCAGUAGUUCAGAUUUCAAUGACAGCUGUGGGAGUGUUCUUAAUAGACAAGUGUGGAAGACUUCCACUUCUCCUGAUAUCUGCGGCGGGAACAUGCUUAGGUUGUUUACUCACUGGAUUUGCAUUCUUCUUGCAGGAUCUUCAAUGCGGGAAGGACCUCAUUGCCAUGAUGGUACUAAUUGGAGUGCUGGUAUACUGGGCUUCUUUUGAGCUAGGCAUGGGAGGAAUACCAUGGAUUAUGAUGUCAGAGAUAUUCCCUAUAAACAUAAAGGGUUCAGCUGGAAGCCUUGUGACUUUGGUCAGCUGGAUUGGUUCAUGGCUUACUUCUUACACUUUCAACUUUUUGUUCGAGUGGAGCUCAGCAGGGCCAUUCUUCAUAUACGCAGGCGUAUGUGGUAUGGGGGUUUUAUUUAUUGCUAAGAUGGUGCCAGAGACGAAGAAGCUUGCUCUAGAAGAAAUCCAAGCAUCAAUUACUGCACAAUAAGAAAAUUUUAGUUACAAGUGGUAUCGAUUAUCUAUAUGCAUGGUUUUUUCAGAAUCAGUCUAUAUGCAGCUGAUCUUGCUAAUUCUCUGUCUGGACACUAUGCUUUUCACACAAAUAAUUUUUAUCUCACUUUA